AUGAGCGCGAGUGACAAAACAAAGCUCUGCAAUAAGGGCAUGAGCAGGACAUCGCGAACCACAACUUUCGUAAUCACACCCGCCUUCCGUGAGAGAGACGAUGAGGGUGCCAAUUCCCUGUGUAAAGCUUUCUUGAACACUUUCUCGAACCUCAAAUCAGGUAUGUUCAAAUGUUUGUUGGGAGUUGGCGCCGUAGGUACGUUCAUUUCUACGUUCCCACAGUUUUUCUUGCUGCCUUGCCUUCUUUGCGUACGGUGUGUAUGUGUAUGUCUGUGUGCAAGUAUUUCCUAUGCUGCAAGUGCGAUUUUCUCGUUUUCUAUUUUUUUUUUUUUUUGCCUCGCCUAA